UGGUGGUAGUAGUUUUGCGAUUCAUAUAGAGAAGAACUUUGCUGUGAUUUUCACAUGGAUCGUGAUCCAGAUGCUCUUUGUGUUCCUCCACUGAGGUCUAUGGCUGAUCCUCUGGUUGCUAGGUGCCUUUACUCUGGCAAAGGUUAUAUGAUUCCUUUGAAUCAAUGCAUGGACUACUCUGAGUUGUAUGAAGACAUUUUCCGUACAUUCCAGUUUUUCCCAACUGAUAAUGUUGAGCUUCAGUAUUCAGUCCCAGGUUGUGAAGUCUGUUUUCUGCGUAAUGAUCGUGAUUUCCAGAUGCUGUUUUGCUCUGCCAGGAUACAUAGGCUAGAGUGUGUCGAUAUUUCAGUUUUAAAGGUUGGGGGAGGUUUUAGGAGAAACGGUUCGGUGGAUAGUGGUUCGGAAGUUAUUGAUGAAGAUGAUUAUUUGGGUGAUGCAUUCAGGACUGAAGUUCACAAGACGUAUUUGUCUGAUGAGUGGAGUUCUUAUAUCCAUAAUGUCGGGGAUAAGUUUCAUGGCGCUGUUGAGCUUCGUGAAAAGCUCAGGAAGUAUGCAAUUGCAGUUGGUUUCGAGUUUGUAUUCCUGAGAAAUGAUCUGGACUGUAUUCAUGCAGUCUGUGCAAAUGUUGGAACGGAAGCCAAGGGAGAUUAUGAGCAAGUUUAA